GGACAUUAUUUUUUGUGUGUUAAACUGAAUCACAUUUUACUCUUUCAUUUAAUGAAGGACAGAGAAAAAGGUAAAAAUGUUGAAAGAAUGAACUUGCACUAUGUGAAAAGAACUCAGUUUAUCACUCAUGCGUUAUUAAAUGAAAGUGAUUACCAUGGAAAUAAAGACACAAAUAAUUGUAGCUGUUUCCACAGGUCUAGUUGGAAUUCUUCUUGGAAUCUUUAUGGUUGUAUUUGCCGUAUGCUACAGGCGCAGAAGUCUUAGCGCCAACUAUGGACAUGUCGUCAAUUAUCGCAAACAAGGAGACGCAGACGACAGAAUUAGCAUGCAUUUCGGACAAAGGCAUAGACGAAAUUAUAAAAACCACUCGUCGUCUAGCAUUGACAGAAUCUCCCAACAAUAUGAAAGGGAAAACAUUAAUGAAAUAGAAUUGAAGCCUAAAUUACAUCAGGCAAAAUGGAAUAAAAGGUCGAAGAGAGCGAGUAGUUCCGAUAAACGCGAAACUUUCAAUAACGAAAAUGACAAUGGAACUAAAGUAGAUUUCAGAGCAGAGAGGCUUGACUUACACAUUUCACGUCCGCAUACGUGGUCCGAGGAGUACCACAAAGAACUGACAACACCAUAUUCUAAUACAAGGCGCCAUUCAAAUGUUGAAAUUCAAAUGCGCCACAUCCCAAGGCCAAUCGUGCGGCCGUACAAAAGUGAACUGUUUGAAGAUAAUGAAAGUACAUACGACUAUAUCCACCUAGCGGACCAUCAAACAGUUGACAUGGCCAGUCACAGAAGUUCAUGCAAAGUUGACUUUUAUUGACAAUGAACCAUUAUUGUAAGGUUUCCUCCUUUAACUGGGACCUGAAAUUUUCUCUACACAUAGCAUGUUUAAUCUCAAUAGGCAACUCUGUUGUUAACUUUAUCUGAACACUGAAAAUGUUUGAUCUAAAUUUUGAAGCUUGAUCGGCACAUAUUGUGACUUUUUUUCAAAUAUAAAACAAAUGCUCGGAUACCUGCAAUGUGUCGGAGAUGUCGAACCUCUAAUGGGUGAUUAAGAUGUAGUGAUCAAAAAAGGUGCAACGUGUGAGACAGUACAUGUGCAUUAAUUCGUGCAGGGUAUUCAUAUCAAAACUUAUAACACAUACUCCGCCCUCCAUGCUGGUCUGUGUAGGGUAACUGGGUAUAUAUCUUACAAUCUGGAAUAAGUUGUUACCUUGACUUCUUACCUAUAAACGAUCUACAUGAUACCUGAAUUGUCUGAUUAUUGAUCACAACAGUUUUCAGCCCCAAGACCACUGUACAUUGACCAAAAAGCUUUCUGUAGGCAAUAACCUUAUAAAGUUUGACAGCUGAAGUGUUUCUGAUACCUCAUAUCAAAAUUGUUCAUGUAUCAUUUGAUUGUAAUUUCAAAUGUAAACCAGGGUAUCAUACAAAAUAGUUUAUCUAAAGUGAUGUUAUCACUAUAAACGGCUGUAUUGUUUUAUCAAGUGAUAAACUGUCCAAGUGAUAAAGCGUAAACUUUAAAGUCAUUUUCAAAAGAUAAACAUAAUACAGGUGUUUCAUUUUAUCUUGAACAAACCAAAUAUAGGUCAGAUAUUAGCACAGAAUGGGAAAGAAAAUGUUAACAUGUAAGAAUGGUAUGUAAUAAGUGUUCCAUACAAACAUAAAUACCAGUAACAGAAAAGUUUUAUUAUUGCUUAUAUGGUAAAAUGAUGAAAUAAAUUUGCAACUAUGCAGGA